AUGGUUGGUGAAGUCAAUCUAUCCUCGCGAAGAGUUAUGCGCAAGAUUAAAUUAGGUAAAGCUCGUCCAGCAAUAAUGUACCAAUUCGACACACUAGUAGAACUUAGUGAUGGGUCUGUGAUAAAGCGCCGAUCCCAAGCCCCCAAGGAUGAAAUUCGAAUGAUUAAUGAUCAAAGAAACAGUUUGAGAUGGAAUCCACAUAGGGCAGAUUUAGAUACUUCCGACUUGACAGCCACUGGUAAAAUUGGUAAAUUUAGAAGCAAGUAUGCUGGAUUCAGUGGUGAGGAAGACAAGCUCGAGGAGAAGGAAGCAGAGGACGAAAAUGUGGAAAAGGAGUUGUCGUUGGAGGAAGAAGAAGCAUUGAAGGCUAAAGAAAAAGAGUUGAACAAGGCAAGAGAUCAAGAAUUGUUUGAUUUGAUGGGUGAAAAUGCCGAGGAAAUUGUUGGUGGUGGUAAAUUGUACGAUAGAAAGGCUGAUAAAAAGAGAUUCAAGUAA